AUGCUGCUACGAUAUAAUAGAGAGGCUUAUCUUGAACUUGGAAGACUUAUAAAUGAGAGACAGUCCAGCCAAUUAUCAACGCAAUUAUCAGUACUUCAAUCUGCAAUAGUUAACUUUUCUGUGGAUCACCGAGAAACCAUACGAGUGAACUCUGAAUUCAGAACCAAGUUUACAAGACUUUGCCAACAAGUAGGUAUAGAUCCUGUUGCACUUCUUAUCCACUCUUUGGGAGCUGGGAUUUCGGAUGGAGUAGAUAAGCCACAAGAAUAUUAUACCAUUCUUCUGUUAAGAAUAGUAGAAGUGUGUCAGGAAACCCGAGCUAUGAAUGGAGGUCUUAUUUCUUUGAAGGAAUUGAGAUCACAAUUGAACACAACUUCAGGAACAAGUGUUUUAGAGCUCAAGGUGACCGAUAAUGAUGUUACAAAAUGUAUAGAGGUUUUAAAGGAGUUAGGAAAUGGUUAUGAAAUAAUGCAAAGUAACAAUAGUAGUUGGUUAAGGUUUUCAAGUAUCACAGGAGGAUCCUCUAAAGAUGGAGGCAUCUCUGUUGAUCAACGAAACAUCUAUGAAAUGUGUCUGUUUACUGGUGGAUUCGUUACUUAUAGGUUAUUACAUGAUAAUUAUGGCUGGGACGUGACAAGAUGUGCUACUAUUAUAGAGGAAAUGAUCAUGGAAGGAUUACUUUGGUUAGACACUCAAGGACUUAAGGGAGAAUGGCAGUAUUGGGAACCAUCUUGGAUAUCUAAUUAA